GACGGGCACAAUGAUCUGAUGAUCACCAUUCGUGUGCAGUACAAAAACCACAUCUACGGUGCCGAUUUCACCGACAAGUUUGAGAAUGGCGGCUUUCCUCGGCAUGUGGACCUGCCUCGAUUGGACGCCGGGCAGCAAGGCGGGGCCUUCUGGAGCGCAUUCAUGCCGUGCCCUCCAGGAAAUGGGACCGACUUUUCGGAUGAGAGAUAUGCGCCGAUUGUACGUGCGACACUCGACCAGCUGGACCUGUUCAAGCGGCUAGGUCAAGCGUAUCCAAAGUACUUUACGCCAGCAUCAGACAGCUCCGAAGCUAUAAAGGCAUUCAAUGAGGGCCGUCUCAUCUCCCCCGUAAUCAUCGAAGGUCUCCACCAAAUUGGGAACUCGCUCGCCAACCUACGGUUAUACCAUCAAUUAGGCGUUCGAUACGCCACGCUCACCUGGAACUGCCACAACAAAUAUGCCGAUGCCGCCCUCGAAUCUGGUCCGAACUUUGAGGCCCGGGUCGCUACCCCGUACUGGAAGGGGCUCAGCCCCGCAGGCCGCGAUCUAGUCAAGGAGAUGAACCGCCUCGGUAUGCUCGUCGACCUAGCCCACGUCAGCGCCGACACAAUGAGAGAUGUUCUCGUCGGGAGCGGUGGGAGCGGGUGGAGUGGCAGCCUCGCUCCACCCAUCUUCAGCCAUAGCUCUGCCUACGCUAUAUGCCCGCAUCCACGCAACGUCCCCGACGAUAUCCUUCAGCUCGUCAAGAAGCGCAACUCUGUCGUCAUGAUAAACUUCAGCCCGGGUUUCAUCUCCUGUGUGCCCGGCGACACGCCUUCUGAUCUGCCGGAGACGUAUCCGCAAAAUGCGACCAUGCAUCAGGUUGUCCGCCACAUUAAGCAUAUUGGAGAGCUCAUCGGAUAUGACCACGUGGGUAUUGGCACCGACUAUGAUGGCAUUGAGUCGACGCCGAAAGGAUUGGAAGAUGUCUCGAAGUUCCCCGAUUUGGUGGCCGAGCUGCUCCGUCAAGGUAUCGGCGACGCGGAGGUCGGGAAGAUCAUCGGCUGGAACGUGUUGAGGGUGUGGAAGGAGGCAGACGAAGUAGCUGCGAGGCUCCAGAUGCAGAUGGACCCGCUUGAAGAUGAUGUGCAAAAUCACUGGUCGACGUGA